AUGCAGCAGGAUCUGCACGAUUGGCAUUCGGAGAAUGUAGUCCGCCUUCACAUAUCAUGCGACCUCGCUGACAUGGCGGACUCCACGCAAAAUGACUGCAAUGGCAGCGAGCUUCAUUUCUUUAAGGAUAAAACCGUGUUCCUUACGGGGGCGACAGGCAAUCUAGGUGGCUGCUUACUAUUCAAAUUAACAGUCGUGCUGCAGGUUUCUAAAAUAUACAUCCUAUGUCGAGGCUCGGCGGCUGAAGCUCGAUCGAAGUUGAAGAAGAAUAUGCCGAAACAGCUCAAAAGUAUAUUGGCACGCAAGAGCGUGGUCUUCGUCGUUGGCGAUGUCAUGAAGCCCAACUUUGGAAUUUGCGGAAAAGAUCUUGCGCGGAUGGAGGAAGAAGUGAAUAUCGUCAUCAACAGUGCCGCUGAUAUUUCGCUACGCGCUUCGCUGGAGAGCGCGAUUCCCAAAAAUUGCAUGCCGCCGUUGGAGUUGGCGCGGAUGGCGACGCGAUUUAGGCGCCUGAAGCUAUUUGUGCAGAUCUCGACGGCUUAUUGCAAUGCUCAUUUGCCUGAUGGCAUCGUGGAGGAGAGAAUCUAUCCUCUUGACGAUCCUGAGAAGGAGCUGGAGACUUUUCAGCGGACGGGAACAAACGCGCAGGCUUCGAGGUUUCCUGGCGGUUAUUAUUACUCAAAGCAUCUUAUGGAACGGCUCCUGACGACAAGGCACCCCGAUUUGCCUGUUCUUCUUGUGCGUCCCAGUAUCAUCGGUGAAGCAGUUCACCAGCCAUAUGAAUUCUAUGGCCCAUUGGGCUCUUGCCCUAUCACCACGUUCCUCGGCUUCUACAUGUAUGAACCCGGGAACGCUACCUGGUACGUUCGGCGUGACAGUGGGAGGAUAUCAGGCACAAAUAUUCUUGAUAUUGUGCCCGUUGACUGGGUCGCGAAUCUGGUUCUCUUGCACACCGUCGAUAACAAACGAGGCGUCAUCCACGCUAGCGCUGAGAGCUACGGGCUUCUUACUUUUGAUGAGCUGAUUGCCAGGGUGCAAGAUCCCAACCAAGAAGAAUGUCGAGCUGCAAGAUUUUUCAAGAUAGCUACUCGCGACUGGAGAUUCAGUAACAAAGCUUCCACACACCUCAAGUCUAACGAAGGACCAUUAAGCAUCAAAAACGACAAUCAUGAUAUCAUAGAGCAACUUGUUCCCACGAUGACACGUGUCACGAUUCUCGUCAAAAGAGCGAAAAGAAUAGCAAGAUGGAGGAACCUCGUGAAAGGCAAGAUUGGACAACCCUUGCGCCUGAUUUCAGGGCAACGUGCAGUCUUGAAGAGUGCUGGAUACUCAAGCCAGUCCUCCAGUACAGGAGCGGAGAGUGAUGUCGUCGACAUGGCUCAAAAAGCAGAGAUGUCAGUUGUAAUUGUGAAGUAG